CAAAGUGACGUGCGAUCGCUGCCGACCAAAUCACAAGUGUUCGCGGUACUACGCGAUCACUGAACGGAGCUGACCUUCUGGCGCACCUUUUGCUCAAACAAAGCCCACCACUCUAGUGCCGGCUUUGAUGGCUCAGCACACACGAUCGCCGAGCAAAUCGCAGCGCGAUCCGCCGCCUUCUUUGUUCCUGCACCCCUCGCCAUCCGCCUCUCAUGUGUCGCUACCUGGUAUCCUGGCGCCGGGCGCCUCCGCUCCAGGACCGAAUCCCUUGACGCGGGAACGAUCAAACCUUGAUGUAUACUCGGGGAGUCUGUCACCAUCGACUGCCAAUAGACCGCGGAGGGUUUUUAGAAGCGGCGAAAGUACAAGGAGCACUGAUAGGACGGAUGCCUUGUGGGCUGAAAUGCAAGCUACCUUGGAAGAGGUAGAACUGUCAGCAUCAGGAGGUACCCACGUGUUUGGGCCAGAGCAUGACCGCAAACUAGGAGAUCUACGUGCGGCGCAGAUUGCUCUUGCACAGGCGUGGGCCCGAAGCGAAGCUGACGAUGCGAUCGAGACAAUGUAUCGAGACAGGGCUGGCUCAGCAGCUGGAGACGAAGUCCGCAACAUGAAAGGGACAGUCGGCGAUGCGUCCAAGUCGGCUGGUGGAGAGGGCACUGAGGCAGUAAAAAGCACAGCGCCAUCUACCACUGGGGGCAAGUCCGAUGCGAGCUCAGCAGGGGCAGAUCGCUUGGGCGCGAGACUGGAAGAAGAGACUGAAGCAGACAUACUGCUUGCGCGGAAGCGGCGCGAAGCCAACGAUGAGUACUUUCAGAGGGUCAACAAUGGAGUUGUCGACGUUGUGGCUAAGCUCGACGACGUGGCCAAAGCAAUGCGCAGCAUCGAACGAGAGAGCAAGGACGUGUGGGCGGAGAGCGAGGCAAUGACCGGAAGCGUCAAGUCGUAAGGGGAGGGAGCGCUCAGCUUGUCACGAUCAUUCUUCUUUUUAGCGAGCAUUGUAAUUUGCAUCUCUUCAGCAACAAGGCGUUUGGGCGCUGUCGUGUGGGGGUGCCUCUAAUCAUGUUGUAUAAAUGUCCGUAAGUCGAUGAGAUGCCACCCCGUAUUCUGUAGCUCGCACCUUUUGCAUUGGCCCUUCCACAUGACGUGUUGAAAGCUCUCAUCCGGCA